CCAACCGAGAUCAUAUCAGAGCUCUCGGCUUUCCUUUUCGAACAUAUCGAAUCCAUCAAAUACUUAUAUUCCUAUCUCUUCCCAACCGCCCAACUUUCUCAGAUUCUCUCUCUUCCCUUUACGCCUCUUGCUUAUUACGCAAUCGUUUCCUUCCUCUUCUCGGACACAAUUGGUGAAGUUAUCAUCUAGUUUCGAUGGAUGCUACGGCACCGAAAUGCCAGGGGAAUUUGCAGAUACCUGUUGAUCUGUUCGUUUCCAAGAAAUAUGAUGGUGGUAAUUUUGGAUUCGCCGAUUCCUCCGGUAAUCUAGUCUUCAGAGUCGACCGUCAAUCUGACAAGUCAACUGAUGUUCCUCAUCGCAAUCAUGUACUCCUGGAUGCAUCCGGGAAUUCCCUCAUGUCCAUACGCCGGAACCAUAAUGGAUCUUGGCAAGGCUUUAAGGGAGAUAACAGCAAAGAGGACUUGAUAUUCCGAGUGGAGCGGACUAUAAACACGCUUAGUAAGACUGAGUUUGAUGUAUUCCUUGCUGCUGAAAAGUGUGAAGACUCCAAUUCUGAUUUCAAGAUGAAAGGUUCCCCCUUCCAGAGAUCAUGCACAAUUUAUAAGGGCAAUUCCAUUGUCGCCCAGACAAGCCGCAUGUACAAGCUUGGGUUUCAGAAUAUUUGGGUUUCAAGGCUUAGAUUUCGAUUGACCAUAUUUCCGGGGUUUGUUGAUCAUGCUUUAAUUGUGGCCUUGAUUGUAAUAUUUUUUGAUGGACGAAAAUUUUGGAUGUGAUGUAGCAUGGAUUCGCCUUGUUCCACUAACACACAUGAAAGGAAAUUUAGAUGUUUUUGUCUUCUUUUGUUUACAUAUGAAAAUUGGCAUGCAUUUUUUGGGAACUUGG